AUGAGUUACGGCUACGGCUAUGGCUACGGCUACGGCUACGACCAAGGCCAACAUUAUUACCCUAGUGGUAGGACACAAGUUGAUUUGAGCCAUGUACAGUAUUCCGAUUUCUCAAAUGUUCAAUACUCCAGACCCGAAAUCUCAGAUGCAGAGGAUGAUCCUGAGUACGAAGGCGGAGAUGGAUACACACAACCACUCAUGAGGGCUCCCAUGCCACCUACACCAUCACAUCCACUUUCAAAGAAAGAUAAGAAGAAGCUGAAGAGGCAACAAGAGAAGGCGGCAGCAGCCGCUGUUGCGCCUCCUACUGUACCAGAUCCACCAGCACCCGCAGAAGAUGAGUCCCCAACAACCACAUCAUCCAGCAAGAAGAAGAGCAAGAAGAACAAGAAGAAGGACAAGGAGUCAAAGUCUCUCCCAACACCUACCUCAGCACCAGUUCCCCUACCUCCCCCUGCCGAGGAGAGCAAGGAGGCGGAGAAUGUAGAGUUAGAAGCGGAGGCAGAGGCAAAGACGGAUGAACCUGAAACGGCCGGAACACAGGACAAGGCCGAUUCCAAGGACACACCAACACCAGAAGAGAAGAUUGCUGAAGAAGAGACACCAGCUGCGGAGGCAGCGACCAAAGAGGACGAAGAGCCUAAAGAGGAUACCGCGCCUGAAGCCUCUGCAGAUAAGGAGGCUCCCAAGGAAGAAAUGUCUGCCGAGGAGACAUCUCCAAAGGAGGACCCUCCUCCAGACGAGACACCGGCCACUGAGGGCGACGAAACACUUGCCAAGGAGGAAGCUCUAGCUCAAGACGACACACCUAAAGAGGGACCACCAAAGGAGGAAGAGACACCAGACGAGAAGCCUAAUGAAGAGGCUCCUACAACAGAGGCUCCUACGACAGAAGCUCCUACGACAGAAGCUCCCAAGGACGAUACUCCAGCGGAAGAAGACGCACUACCCGAAGCCGAAGCACCUGCUUCAGUGGCCCCCACAGAGACUCCAGCACCUGAGAAGCCAACAGAAGACCCUUCCGCAACAGACGCCCCCCAAGAUGACAAGUCAGGAGCAGAGGCGCCAUUGCCCAAAGACGAUGCUCCUGCUGCAGAAGCAGAGACCGCCACGAACGAAGCUCCUCCAGUCAAAUACGAAACACCUGCUGAACCAGAAGUGGUUGAGGCUCCAAUGGAGGAUGAUGAUGGUGAUAACAAGCCGGCAGUUGCUGCUGAAACAAAACCUCUGAAUAAGAGUCAGAAGAAGAAGCAGAAGAAAGAGAAGGAAAAGAAGGAGAAGGAAGAAAAGGAGAUGAAGAAAGCAGCUGCCAAGGAGAAGUCCCAUCAUCACAAGUCCAAACAUUCACACUCUUCAUCAAAGGGCAUGGAUGUCUCCAAGGAUAAUAAGACACCUGACCCACCGCCUGCCGCUAAAGACAAAGACGAGGAGAGCAGUCCGCCAGCCGAUCCCUCAAUAGAGGAAGACAAGACUGCCGAACCCGAACCCGAACCUGAGUCUAAGCCCGCGGAAGCAGCACCGCCUGAGCCAGUGCCCGUCGAGGAAGCGAACCCCGCAGAGGAAACGAAUUCUGCAGAAGAACCUAAGCCCGCGAAAGAGCCAGCACCUGCAGAGGAAUCAGCACCCGCAGAAGAGAAAGCUGCUGGACCUGAACUCCAAACCGAGUCCAAGCCUGUAGAAGAUUUAUCAUCUCCAACAGAAGAACCAGCGCCUAUCGAGGAGGCGAAGCCUGUAGAGGAAUCAUUACCUGCAGAGGAGACAAAGCCUGCAGAGGACAAAGCUGAUGAGUCUGAAUCCGAGGCCAAGCCUGCGGAUGAGACAUCACCUCCAUCGGAAGACCCACCACUGGUAGAGGAGUCAAAAUCUGACAAGGAGCCGGAAGCUUCAGGGGAACCAAAGCCAGCAGAUGAAAUCCCGACAGAAGAGCCUUUGGCAGCACCACCUGUAGAGGAUGCUACUCCCGAAGCCGAUAGAGAUGAGGAUGAUAGCAAGACCUCGGAAGCCGUGGAGGAUCCCAAAGCAGCAGGUGACGCGGAGUCCAAAGAUGGCAAACCCGCAGAUGAGGGAGAAGCAGCUGCAUCUGAUGCAGCAGACUCCGAUAAAGCCCCCGAACCUGAAGUUGCUGCCGUGGAAGCCCAACCAUCCGAGCUAGAGGACAAGUUGCAAUCAGUAGCCGACGCACCUGCCGAUGUGAUGAUCCCAGCUACGGCUGACGAGGCACCUACUGAUGAUGCGGCAGCUGAAGCUGAGAGCCAGUCUCUCGCAGAUGGGGAGACUUCUCCCUCACUAGAGGACAAAGCCAGCAAAACCGAUAACGAAGAACCUGCCAAACCCGAGGAAUCUGGCGAACCAGAACAGACAAAAUCUGGUGACAAAGACGACAUCGAUGCAGCCGAGCCGACUAAUGUCGGUGACAAGCCUGCAGAAGAGGAAGAGCCAGCCGUUCCUGCCGACACGAAUGAUUCUGCUGAUGUUGACGAAUCAACUUCUGAAGGUAAAGCAGAAAAGCAGAAUGUUAUUGAGUCUGCCUCGCCUGUUGAGGAAAAAACCGACCCAGCUGUCGUUCCGUCAACAGAUAAGGAGCCAUUAGCCGCAAACGAUCAAUCCCCUGAAGCAGACAAAGCGCCAGCCGAUGAGGCAGCUGAAGCGCCUAAGGAGGAAGUCUCCAAAGAGGAAGCUCCCAAGGAAGAGGCUCCCAAGGAAGAGGCUCCCAAGGAGGUUAAGCUGGAAGAAGACACCGUCCCCCCCGAGGACACUGGCACCCCUUCGAAGAAAAACAAGAAAAAGAAGAAGAAGAAGGGAAGCAAAAGUGGUAUCUCAACACCCCUGUCUGCACCAGAUCCUGAGCCAGCAACUGAAGUCACCUCUGAGCCUGCUGUAUCAGAAUCUAGUGCUACUAAGGAGCUGAAGCCCGAGCUCGCCGCUGAACCCGCCGCUGAACCCCCUGUCGAGCCUGCUGUCGAGCCUGCUGUUGUUGAGCCCGCUGUUGAAACCGCUGCCGAGACUGUUCCUGAGCCUGCUGUCGAGACUGCUGAAUCCGAAUCUGAUGCUAAACCCAGCUUUACUACCGAGCCGGAGAUCGAGUCAGUUCCUGAGCCGGUCACCGAAUCUGCUUUUGAGCCUGCUGAAAUCACAUCCGAGAAGGGGAUCGAGUCUGAAGUUGCUGCAAAGGAAUCUCCAGCAGAUGAAGUCAAGCCUACUGAGAAUUCUGAACCUGAUAACAAGGCCGCCGAAGCAGAAAGCGAGAAUGAGUCAGAGGCUGCGAAAGCAACGCACUCCACAGAGGACGAGAAACCCGAGACUGAAGAUAUUGUCGAUUCAACCGUGGUCGAUGAUUCCUCUGAAGCAGCCAUCCCGCCCGAGGAGAAGGACGAAGAGACUGCCGAAACUCCUGCCAAGACAGACGGUGACCUGGAUUUUAAACCUGCAGCCGAUUCCCCUGAGAAGGAGGAACCGGACGAGGCUGAAACGGAUGCUGAAGCCAGCGUAGCCAACCCCGCAGAGGGUCCUGACGAUAAGGAACUCGAUAUUCCCGAUACAAAGACAGAACAUCCUCUAGCCAUCGAUGAUACGAAGUCUGAAAAUGAGCCUACUGUUGAAACCACCGCACUCGAGCCCUUGAAAGAAGAUACUCCAGAUGAACCGAAGAAUGAUGUCUCAACAGCCGAACAACUUAGUGUGGAACAUGCUGAAAUGCCCCCCGAAUCUGUGAGUUCGGUUGAUACCGUCACAGAUGAAAAGCCGGAUCCUACCGAGCUAGCAGGCGAUGGAGAGGAUGGGGAACCUGAAGAAAUAUCUUCAGAAUUACCUGAAAAGAAGGACGAACAACUCGACGCCCCUCUAGAGGCCACAGCAGAGGUGGAAGCACCCGCGACAGCCGCCAGGCAGGACCAGGAUGAUAUAGCUAAGGGUUCAGAACCGAAAACCACGGAUACAGAUACAGACACGGACACAGAGUCUGAGUCCGAGAAUGAGGAGGACAACGUGGCACUGGAGACUAUUGAGCCUCAAAUAGCACCUGGUGAGGCUGCCGAUAAAGACAAGAUCUCUGAAACCGAACCGCUGCCGUCCGAGGAUGCUACUCUUACAGUGGUUGAAUCUUCUGUCAAGGAUGCCGCGCAGGACCCUGAACCAGCAGAAAAGGGGGACUCUAUACCUGCAGCUAUGGAGCCAAAGGAAAAGGCAAAGGAUGAGCCUUCACCUCCUGAGGUUCCUGAAGAAAAGACCGAUGAACAAGCGACUCCUACCGAAAACGCAAGCGGGGCUCCCUCAACAGAGAAGUCGAAUGAAGUUAUCGAACCAGAAAUCCUUGCUAAUUCAAUCGUGAAAGAGGCGCCGAAGUCUGCCGAGAAGGAGCUUGUUGUUGACUCCGAACUUAGCGAGGAAGAUUCUUCGGAUGAUGACGAGGAUGAUACUUCUGAAGCUGCUGAAAACAAAACCGGCGAUCUAGACACACAGGCAAAGGGGGCCCCUGCCAAUGAUACCAAGGAAACAAACCUUUCUGAUGUUUCUGACGCCGCCGAGGCGAAUCCUCAAGCCAAGGACGAGGAUGGCACCAGUCCAGUGCCUGAAUUAGAUGAUGUUACCGAGGAAGCCACCAACAAAGCCAUACAGGACAUACCCGCAAGCGAACCCGAGGCUCCCACAGACGAUGAGGUCACCGACGACGAGAAGACUCAAGAACCAGCUCCCCUGAGUGAGGAGGACAACAAGCCAGACGAAAGCCCUGAUACCCCCAAGGAACUAAUACCAGCACCAGAGGCAUCUGCCUCUGAAGAGGAAGUCAAGUCGGCUGACGAGGCAUCUAUCAACGAGCAGUCAGAGAAUGUGCCAACGCCUCCCGAGAAUCAGCUGAGUGACGACAAACAACCUUCCGAUACCAAAAUACCGGAUGCCGAAGACAAGCCAGAAGGAGCUGAAGACAUAACGCCCAAGGAGGAGUCAGCUCCUGAAACACCUACCGCUCAUGAAAAAACAGAGGAGGUGGCAGGAGUUUCUGAUGAGAAGCCAGUGGGAGUGUCAACGGCUGACACAGAGUCAGGGGAGGAAAUGGCAGCUCCUGAAGCGAAAUCGGAGGAAACAGAUGUUACUUCAGAGAAGUCACCUGCAGUUGGCGAUGAACCGCAUGAUAAGGAUAAGCCUUCAGACACUGUAUCUGAUAUAUCAGUCCAGCCUGCCGAGGGCAACCCCGAAGGGGCGGCCGAGGCUGAUGACGAGUCAAACGAAACAGAGGCCAAGGUCUCUGACGAGAAGUUGGACAUGAAAGUUCCAGCAGCUGAUGGAAUUAAGGAAGAGGCCAACCCCUCCGAAGAAGAACCAGCUGCAGAAAUUUCCGUGGCGGAUGAUAAGCCCGAGGAAGUUGUUCAACCAUCUGACAUUGAGCCUGCAAAUGAUUUGCCCAAGCAAGAAGCUGAGCCGUCUGACGACAAGUCGACCUUGGAAGCACCCUCUGGCGACGAGUCCAAAGAAGAAGUCAGCCCUGUUAAGGAUGAGCCAGCGGAUGAGACCCCUGGAACCGAUGAUAGUUCAAAGGAAGUUGAACCCGUUGCUGAAGCUGAACCCGUUGCUGAAGCUGAACCCGUUGCUGAAGCUGAACCCGUUGCUGAAGCUGAACCCGUUGCUGAAGCUAUAUCCGUUACUGGAGCUGAACCUGUCGUUGAAGCUAUACCCGUUACUGGAGCUGAACCUGUGGUUGAAGCUGAACCUACUGCUGAGCCCGUUGCUGAGCCCGUUGCUGAGCCCGUUGCUGAGCCCGUUGCUGAGCCCGUUGCUGAGCCCGUUGCUGAGCCCGUUGCUGAGCCCGUUGCUGAGCCCGUUGCUGAGCCCGUUGCUGAGCUCGAACCCGCUGCCGAAGCUGAAGCAGAACCUGUUGAUGAGCCGGUUGUUGAAGCCGAGCUAGCUAGUGAAGCUUCUGCACAAGAAUCUAACCCUGAGACGCCGACAGAGACUCAGCCCACCAACGAGACACCGGCAGCUGAAGAGACACCAACCGAGGAAGCACUAGCAACUAAAGACGAGCCGGAGAAAGGUUCUGAACCCGCUGACAUCAAACCAGAGGAAGAAGCUAUAAUUCCCGAAGACAAGCAACCAGAUUCCCCUGCGACGCCCGAGGACAAGCCCAACGAUGAUGUAAAACCAGCAGAAGAACCACCGGCUCCUGCAGCAACAGCCGAAGACGAUGCUGCUCAGACGCCACCUACCGACACACAGGAGGAGUCCGAGGAGGUUACGUCUACCAAAGAGACCCCGGCUACGGAAAACGUAACCAUCCCUGAGGAACCAGUAGUCGAAGAAUUAACUCCAGCACCGGCCGGAGAUGCUGCUUCCACUGAUGACAAGCCAGAUGACGACUCCAAGAGCAACAAGGAAGAGCCAAAAUCGACAGCAGAAGAACCUGACGUACCAGAGGAAGCGAAGCCUGCUGAAGAAGCGGCAGAUCCUGAACCCGAAGGCACUGCUGUGAAGUCGCCUGAUGAAUCUGCCGACGUACCAACUACCGAAGCAGAAAAGAAGGACGACAACCCAGCCGAAGCCAUAGCUGAGGACGAGGCCAAGGCCAAGGAAGUCGAAGAGAGCAAAGACACCCUUGGGCCGAUUCCAAGAAGUAAGAGGCCGGUUAAAAAAGGUGAGGAACAUGGUUCAUUACAAGCUAUCCCUUUUGAUUUCACACAAAACUUGGGAGAUUCCCCGGAGUUGAAUGAGAAGAUGGACAAUGGCGUUGUGGAGUUGCUUUCAAACGAUACCCAGGGACAUCAAGACACACGAUCCUACGAGGACGAGGAGAACACAGAACUCGAAAUAAUCACUCACAGCCCGAGCCAGCCACCAAUGGCUGAAGCAUCGGGCGAUCAAAAUAACCAAACUAUCACAGAAAUCACGAUGCCAGGGUUACAAGAGCCAAGUUCAGGCCAAAACACGAACAUUGCAGCAGUGGAAGGAGUUUCCGCACCCCUAGACUCAGACUCAGAAUCAGAAUCAAAGGCCGAGAUUCUAGAUGACAUCCAAGAGGAAUCGAUUCAGCCUCGACAGAUGGAUCCUAGUUUAGAUCUGAAUCUGAAUCAGGAUCAAGAUCUAGAUCUGGAGGAUACCGAUCUCGCAGCGAGUUCCCCAGCCACCGAAGCCCAGGAAACCACUAAAAUCUCCACCCCUGGCACUCCACAUGAGCAGGGCACACCAGGCCAAUCAACGCGCUCCGUCAGGGAAAUUGUCGCUGCAGAGCCUGUAAAUGUUGACCUUGCACACCCUACAAUGGCCCUUCCCCAGCCCCAGUCCCAGCCUCAGCAGUUCAACACUGAGACCGAGACUGAGAUUGAGACCAGCUCAAGAGCAUCGGAUUCAACACCAACACAUGGUACUCACGAUGGCAAUGAGAAGCCAGAGAGAAUGGAGUCAGAUCUGCCCAUAGCCGAUGCACGCAGCACAACAUCAUCAUCACCAGCACCCUCGAUAAUCUCUGAAGAUGAUUCGGAAACUUCUGCGCUUCCAUACACCGCCGCUGAGGGACUCCAUACACAACCCCUAGACAGCAUGGACAACGUCAACAACGCCCAAGCAGAAACCAAACAAUCAUCUCCAGGACUAUUACAAGCCAUACCCACGCCUGAUGCUACUGCUCAUGAGCCCAAAAUGCUGGAAACCGACUUCGAUAGUGUGCUCCAGAUGUCGCGAGAAUUGCCGCAGGAUCCUGAGAUGGGGUCGUCAAAUCCUGCUGAGCAAGAUGAGGACUCUGAUCUUUCAGAAGCUGAAUCCAUCGAAGAUGAUGAGUCGGCAUUGGAGGAGCACUUAAAACACCCUGCAACUCCAAGCCGUGCCGCAAGCCCGGAUUUAUUAGAGGUGGUAAAGCCAACUGAAACUCAUAUUCACGAUGAGAUUUCGACGAAUGUUACUCAUGCCGACGAUCUUGGCUCAACGGGUGGAAAGAACAUCGAGGUUAUGGACAGAUACGAUGCUAUCUCCCGUACUAGUUCACCAGACGGGUCUGCUGCUGAUGAGUCUGAGGACAUGGACACGGAUGAUGAUACAGAUGAUGGCAUGGGUGACAACGUCAGCAACCUUGAUCAGCAGAGUGUUGCUUCUAGCUCUCCGUCAAUGCGCCAUGCCUCUGACUUCAUCGCUGAUCAACAUGACGCUCAAAAAGACGGUGUUCGCUCUGAGAUUGGUGAGCCAGUUGUAGCAAUGCAUGCGGAACCUGCAUUGAGCUUGCAAGAGGCAGUUGGAGAGACUAGUGACCUUGAGCACUCCGCUUCAGAGGACGACUCAGAUGACGAGGGCUCUGAAGCUGGCUCCGAACUUCGCCCAGCUGUUGAUCUAGAUAAUCAUGUGGACGAACCUGACGAUGUCAAGGAGCAGGCAUCACCAACAAAUGCCACAUCACCUGCCAUGGUCGAGGAUGUAUCCGACUCGGACGAAGAUGAUUCCGAAUCAGAGCAUGCUUCACCAAAGCUAGAUGUCCAAGACAACAACGCACAUUGGGAGGACUCACGCGUCGAAAUACCUGCACGUGCUCUUGACGUGGAUAGCGACGAUGAAGAUCAGUCUGACGCGGAUCAUACUCAGCACAUUGACAGGCUCAGCUCACCAGAACCGGAGCCCACCUCUCUUUUGGAAGUCACCGAGGCUCGUCGUGGAUCCGAGUUAAACGAUGAGGGAUUGCCCGCGCCCCUCGACCUUCCUGAACAGACCUCAGUGGCUACCCGUGAAAUAGAGCCCUCGGACGCCGAGGAUGAUGCUGCGGCUCAAGCUGAAGAGUUGAACCUGUCCGACUCUGCCUCAGAAGUAUCUGUAGACACAGAUACCCAAAGGAAAUCAACACCCCACGAUCAGCCCCGUUCACACUCUCCUAGUUCUGGUGUUUCGAAUACGGUACCCGCGGCUUCCCUUCUAGAGGCCUCAACUACUAGCCACAAUGAAGCUACACCGGAACCCAGAGCAUUCGAUAAUUCAUCGACACUUUCGGAGCCCAAGUCUGCAAUCGAGCAAGAGCCCGAGGAACUUCCCGUGCUCCAUGAACCAGAUGAACUCCAUGACGCAGACAGUGAAUCUGAAGAUGAAGCGCCGCAACAGGAAACUUCAAGCCAAGUUUCUCUACCACGGCAAGCUAUUUUUAACGAAAACGAUGACAAUUCUGACUCUGCUUCUGACGAUGAACUCGACUUCGCUGAGCCCUCUACUGAGCCUAUCCCUGAUGCACAACGGACUGGUGACUUUAUUUCCUCUGAAGUACCGGUGGUUCAUGACAUAGCUCGCGACCAGACAAACCUAAGUGACCCAGUGUCCCUGAAGAACGGAUUAGACGACAAGAUACCAGACGUGUCUGACCCCCAACCGCAUUCCAAGAACCUAUCGAUUGCCGAAUCUCCAAACGAUGGGUUAGACCGACAGUUCUCAGAUACAGAGUCAUCUGACGAUGAGAGUGAUGAUGAUUCCCCUGCAUCAAGGGAAAUCUCCCCUAUCGGUGUUGGCAGAAUUUCUGCACCGUGUAAGAUUGAUCCAGCCACGGAAGAAACGGGUCAAACUAGGCGUGCUAGGGUCGAUAACACCGAACUUGGGCCCUCUUCCGAAGCAACAUCACUUGUUGGAACAGAAGAUUUGGCGACUCAAAGCACAAUUCAAGGCCCUGGAUGGGAUGAAGAUGACUCUGAAGAGGAGCAAAUAGCGUAUAACGACAAGUUCGAAGGGCCGCCGGCUGUUCAUGUCCCUGCGGCAUCAUCCGAGACAGCAAGAGCGAUCGGAGGUGCUUCUCAAGAACUCGAGGAUAGCAGCUCGGACGAUGACGAACAGACCAACGAUCACGCCGCGGCUGACAGCUCACGGGACAAACACCUACCACUGCUGGAAGGACCCCAACAAGAUAUGUCUGAUCACGUAUUGUCCGAGGUCAAACCCCCUGACACUGAUGAUACUCUGGGUUCAGAGCCAAAGCCUGUGCAAUCAGCUGAAAUACAACCGAUGGGGCUUGUCCGACCUGACAUCAAAGUUGUCGAUAUCCCAUCGCGCGACAAAGGCAAAGCAGUUGCUAGCAUACCAGAUAACCCCAAGAGAGCUCGCUCUACCUCCCGGUCAUCGCGCCCUUCCCGUACUGAACCUCCUCGAACAUUCUUGACGCAACAGCAACGACCAAGAAGAUCGCUGAGGGUCCGACCGGUGACGGAAGUCUACACAAAAGAUCCCAUAUUCAUCCCUGCUGCGAGUCGACCAGCCGAUGCCAAGCCCAUGCCUAGACUUCAACCUCUUCGUACUGAAAGUGAGCCCGUGAAGGUGCCACUGCGUCCCGUACUUGGGCACCGGGCUAUGGAGACAGAAGGCGAAUCUUCAAAGGCAGCAAAGACUGAAAUAGCUCCUAGACCUCGUUCUUUCCAGGCCGAAGGCGAGUCAUCUAGGGCUCCUGUGAGGUAUGAUCUCAGGCAUUCAGCAAUUGCUGUUGAGGAGGGGUUCAGAGAUGCUGCAUAUCGUGACCCCCCUUCAGCUAGCUCAAGUGCUGAGGCCGAUACCCAAAGAUCACCUAGUCCUGGUAUCGUGGUUCCAGAUGCAGACAUGAUUGACCUACAGCGGGCCCGUACUCUGCGACGCACACGAAAGACGUCAAUUCAGCGUGCAGAGGACACGCUAGCUGCCGCCGUAGUCAUUUAUGCCACAGCUGAGGCCCUGAGCCCUCCGGGAAGCCCCUCACCUUUUGACCACUAUAUAGACAGGGAUCUGCCUAAUCUGGAACACCAGAUGUAUACGGAGCCUAGUGAUUACAACUUCCCGGUUGUGUCUACACCACGGAAGAGCUUUGAGGAUGACUAUGAAGAGUUUCACAAGUCUAAUGCUGACUUGUUUGCAGACGACAGGAGCAGAGAAUCUGACUCGUCGCGCAGCGAUAGAGACAGAGACGGACACCGUCGGCGCCGACACUCACAUCACUCGCACCGCUCCAGCGGAAGCCGUGGUGAAGAGGACCGAGAGCGCAGAUACCGCGACGAUGACGAGAGGCGGGCUCAUCGAACUCGAAAUGAAGAUGAGGGACGCCACCGUCGACAGUCCCUUCGCGAAGACGAGUCUCGAUACAGCCGUCAUCGUGAUGAUUCACGCGGUGAGGCCAAUGCUAAGUCUAGAAGUUCUCGUGGAUCUGAAGAGCCAAGAACCAGAGGCUACCGUCGUGACGAGGACGUACGACCACGCGAAUCCCGCAAGGUUGAAGAACCCGCUUCACGUAGCCUCCCUCAAGAAGAUGAGGGCCGAGAGCGCAGGCGACGAUCUUCUGGUGCUCAUACUUCUAGACGCCAUCGAUCUGAUACUGUUGAAUCGGCUGCACCCCCAGGCACACCUCCUAGAACACCCAGAAGAGAUAGUGGCUUCUCUGCCGACAACAGUUCUGGAAGCUCUGGUCGUAAACGCCGCACGACAGAGGAGCAAGCUGCUCAUGACAAGCGCAAGGCAGACAGGGCGGAACGACGAGCAAGAGAAGAAAGUGACGCAAGGCGCGAACCUUCUCGUUACCGGGAGCCAGUACCAGAAAGCAAAGGCAAAGAACCCGCACGGGAACCUGAGGCUGAGACUGAGGCUGAGACUGAGGCUGAACCUGAACCUGAACCUGAACCUCAGCCCGAACCAGAGCCAGAUCGACGACAUCGCCGCUCACGUCGGCACAGCCAUUCCGGGAGGCCUCGGCAUGAAGAGCCCCAGGAGCGCACUCGAGAAGAGCCAGCUACACCUGAAAAGAAGUCCCAUCCUGUCAAGAAAUCCGAGGGCGUCCGGAGUGGUACUCCGCCACCACGUGAAGAGCCUGCAAUCGCCGAGCCAGUCAGAGAACGAACAAGAGAAGCUCCGCCAGAGGGCUCACCUAAGCGCUCUUCAACACGGCAUAGGCGCACCCACCCAUCCACUGAUGAGCCGCGCCCUCGAUCCUCUCGUCGCCCACGUGAUGAGCCUGCCCCUGAACCACCCCGAGACAAAGAUAAGGAGAGGAACAGGGAGAAGGACAGAACUAGAGACAAGGAACCUGAGACUCGACCUGCCAAGCACGUCAGAAUGGACACGGAGGACACCCGCCGCAAAGCACGACACGAAGAGCGACGCAGGGCUCAAAUCAAGGAGGAGGAUAAGAAGCCAUCGGGCAUCAAGGGGGCGUUCAAGAAGCUUUUCAGUAAAUCUUGA